AGUCAACAUACUGACUAGCCGGUCUGACUAGUACUGUGUAGGACGGAGUACAGGAAAUCAUUUCAGCAUCGCUGGUCGAUCACCACGCAGGAAUCAAUCCCACCGAGUAAGAGUGAGAACUAAGACAUUUAUACUUUAUAAACCUUCGCAGGAAGUUACUUCAAUCUGAAGUGAAAAUAAAAAAGAAACCUCCUUUCUUUCCCCCCUCCUUCCCCCCCCACUGCAUUCCCUGGAAUCAACCACCCAAAGUGAAACGUGGUGAAAGCACACAAUCAGUCUUUGGUCUGUGCGGAACCUGAACUUAACUUAUCAGUUUUAGCACCGGAAGGCCGAUCGCCGCAAAAUCUUUGGUGGGGAACCAAGUCAGCGCAUUCGAAUUUCUACCUUCCAUCCAAGUCACACCAUCAUCUUUUCAUCAUCUCACCUCUGUCGCCUGCUUGCCGUCCUCCGAAAGAAGUCAUAUUGUCCGCUAUUUAAGAAAUCUGCGUCGCGGUCGGUGCUCUUGGUUGUUGUGAGAGCCCUCCGUCCCUGAAACACGACGUAUCCCCAACAACAUACGCGCCAAGGCCUUGUCAGCUCUCUCAAGGUCAACCACAUCUCUCCCUUCCCACUCCCCCCCCUCCCCCCGACUCCCAUUCCCCUGUAUGGACUGCGGGAGUACUGGUACGGCUGCGGGCAUUGACCCCAAAAUUCUGGAUAAUUGGCAAACCGACACUACUUUUUCGAUAUCACCGUGGGAACAUCCACCAUACGAACAACCGCUAGAGUGGGACAACAGCCAAGACUCGACCCAGGACGAUGCUGAUAUCGUUGAGUUGAAUUCCCUGCAUGGGUCUCUGGCAAAAAACCAUUCCAAUGCCGCCUAUUUAGAUCAAUCCUGUGGUUUCCACAGUGGUGAGAGCAGCAAGACUACCUCACCGGAGAAAUUUGGUAUCCACGAUGGACCGAUCGAGGGUACCGUCAGCGGCACCGUCAGUCCGAGAACCUUGCCAUCCUCGGCCGACGAUAACUUCCAGCUGGAUGAGUCAUGGCCCCAUUAUCAACUGUUCAACGCCAUGACGACCGGAAUCCCCAUGGAAGCACCGCCGCUCCUCUAUCCCUACAGCAAAGAACCUGCCACCUCGACGAACACCGUCAUUGUCGAUGAUGUUGGGGAGCUCCCGCAGGGGCAUGGGCUGUCCGACAUCUCAUCUGAGCACUUUUUGGCGUUUCAGAGCAUGCCCCAGCCCUUCACCUUCAAUGCUCCGGACGUUUGGACGGAGCCUUCUACUAACCCUUCCCCCGAGAGCAUGACGAAUCAAACAACCCCAGCUUCGAUUCCGCUAGGAUCGGAACUGCCAAACAAGGAAAUGAACGCGGUCCGCGAUUUUCAGACCCCUUUGAGGUCCCUCGAAUCGCGCUGGCUCGACAGCCUGGAGUCUCAACUUCCAUCGAACAUGACUUCGCCUGCCUCACUGUCAACUAUUCCGCAGGGCCCAGGAUUUUUCAAAGAAGAAAACCCGGGACAGGAUGGGUUUCAGUACAAAUCGGAGAGCUCGUCGGUGUCCGGCGACUUUUCUGCUGGUGUAUACGAAUGCUCCUACUCUGCGACGAGCGAUGAUGCCCCGGCAUUUGCCGAGCAACAGCUGGACGAAGAAGGCCCUUGGAAGGGCACUCAGAAGGAUGAGCCUGGGAUAGCGCAGCCCGUCCAGAGCGCGACGGCUUUCAUGGUGAGCGAGACGCCAUCCGAGUCAUUCUUUGUUUCGGUCCCGUCACGAUCUCGGGCAUCGUCGUCGGCAGCACCGCGGUCGACUGCUCGGCCACAGGCGCUCGCACUGCAGUCUGUUGCGACUGUUCGGAAACGUAAACAGCGCAGCUCGAACCAUUCUUUGGACCUUGGUCAGCCCAAGCCCCUGCAGAUUGUACAAGAGGAUGGCCAGGGCGGAUCCAUCGCUUCAGCAGACUUCGUAUCCCCGCCACGUGGGGCGCGUCGUAAAGGACCUCUGACCAUGGUCGGUCGGGCAAAUGCUGGAUUGCGAAGGAAGAACAAGGACACCUGCGUGCAGUGUCGUCUAAACAAGCGAAAGUGUGACGGAAACGCUCCAUGCGAUGCUUGUCGUCCUACGCUCCACGAGCAACCAUGCGCUCGGGCUUGCUUUGCAAACAUCGUGGAGUAUGGAACAUGCAACUAUGUCUCUCAACGAGCCGUCAACCAUCCUACAUUGGAUAGGACAGGUCGUGUUCGGAUGGAUAUUCCGGUAGAGUUCGACUUGAACGAUCUCAUAUCUUUCCUCGGUGAACGGCAAGGCCGAUUCAACAUCCGCGCCAGCCAAGCCUGGGGUUCUCUAUAUGUUCUUGACCUGGGAGAAACUUACAAAUUUUUGAGGAGCUUGAGCGAUUACAAUGGCAACUCUCGGUCGAACUUCCUCGAGUUUAUUGACCGACGGAUAGUCGAGUCGAAAGAUAAGUCGAAGAACUGGCUGACCUGUGUCAAAGACUGUGACCCAAUGAACAAUUUCUAUACCUUACUCUCACGUUGGAACAACAUGCCCAGUCGUGCGAGCUAUAGUUUUGUUCCUCUCCACCAAGGAGCCCAGGAAAGGCCAAUGGAUAUCCAUAAUGCGGACGACCGACGUGAGAUUCUCCUAGCGGCGCAGCUUUCCCGCAUUGUGUGCCGGAUGCUGGAGGUUGAAGGAUUCCGAAAGUUGGAACGAGACUUCUACAACAUCAAAUGGAAGCAGAUUUCUCAGGAGACGCAUUUGCGUUUCUUGAACGAGCUAGGAAAUAUUCUCCUCACACUCCGCUGGCGAGUUUCCUGGUGGAAGCGCCUUGGAGACGGUGGUCAAGAUCCCGACCCAAGCAAGCAGCACUAUGUGGAUCGGGUCGACCUGCUCUGUAGGAUUCUUUAUGUUUAUUACACCUGUGUGUUGGCUAAGCUUCCUUCCUGGUGCGCUGCCGAUGUUCCCAAGGGGGUGUGGUCUACGUACGCCGAUACGGAGAAUGCGGUCUGGGAUGACUUCCCAGUAGACCCUACCGAUGAAGGAUUCCAGAACUGGAUCGACAGGGGCAAGGAGCUGGUCGAACAGGCCGGUGCCCCGAAUGGUACCUCCAAGAUUGCACAUUAGAAGGUACGAUUA